CGCCCCGUGUUUGGGGGCGGAGGGGCCGCUCUUCCCGCCCCCGCCGCGCACAAAAUGGAGCAGGGAGCCGUGGCUGCCUCAGCCCGCUUGGAUGGCGAAGUGCCCUCCACUUCCGCGGCCUCCGCGCAGGAGCCUGGCGCCGAGGAGAAAAAUGAUCCUCCAUUUCAACUCAAGCUUCCUCCUAAGGCAGCCAGGCCUGAAAAAGAGAUUGACCCAGAGUAUGAAGAGAAGAUGAAAGCAGAUCGUGCAAAAAGAUUUGAAUUCCUCCUGAAGCAGACAGAACUCUUCGCUCAUUUUAUCCAGCCUGCAGCACAAAAGUCACCAACAUCUCCACUGAAAGUCAAGCUGGGACGUCCGCGGAUAAAGAAGGAUGAAAAGCAGAGUUUGAUCUCAGCUGGGGAUUAUCGUCACAGGCGCACAGAACAGGAAGAAGAUGAAGAACUGUUAUCAGAAAGUCGAAAAACAUCUAACGUGUGCAUUCGAUUUGAGGAGUCUCCUUCAUAUGUGAAAGGAGGAACGCUAAGAGAUUAUCAAGUCAGAGGUCUGAACUGGAUGAUCUCACUGUAUGAAAAUGGCGUUAAUGGCAUUCUGGCAGAUGAAAUGGGUCUUGGUAAGACUCUGCAAACAAUAGCAUUGUUGGGCUAUCUGAAGCAUUAUCGAAACAUUCCCGGGCCACACAUGGUCCUGGUUCCAAAAUCAACUCUGCACAAUUGGAUGAAUGAAUUUAAACGCUGGGUUCCUUCAUUACGUGCCGUUUGCCUUAUUGGAGAUAAAGAUGCCAGAGCUGCUUUUAUCCGCGAUGUUAUGAUGCCUGGUGAGUGGGAUGUUUGUGUUACAUCAUAUGAAAUGGUCAUCAAAGAGAAAUCAGUCUUCAAAAAAUUUAACUGGAGGUACCUCGUAAUUGAUGAAGCACACAGAAUAAAGAAUGAGAAGUCUAAGCUGUCAGAGAUUGUCCGGGAGUUCAAGACAACAAACAGAUUGCUGCUUACAGGGACUCCUUUACAGAAUAACCUCCAUGAACUGUGGGCAUUGCUUAAUUUUCUUCUACCUGAUGUCUUUAAUUCUGCAGAUGAUUUUGACUCAUGGUUUGAUACCAAAAAUUGUCUUGGUGAUCAGAAACUUGUAGAAAGACUUCAUGCUGUUUUGAAGCCAUUUUUAUUGCGUCGCAUAAAGGCUGAAGUUGAAAAGAGUUUGCCUCCAAAGAAAGAAGUAAAAAUUUAUCUUGGACUCAGCAAAAUGCAGAGGGAAUGGUAUACAAGGAUCUUGAUGAAAGAUAUUGAUAUCCUAAAUUCAGCUGGGAAAAUGGAUAAGAUGCGUCUGCUGAACAUUCUGAUGCAGUUACGGAAAUGCUGUAACCAUCCGUACCUGUUUGAUGGUGCUGAGCCCGGCCCUCCUUACACCACUGACACACAUCUCAUCACUAACAGUGGUAAAAUGUUAGUUCUGGAUAAACUGCUGGCAAAACUCAGAGAGCAAGGCUCCAGAGUGCUGCUUUUCAGUCAGAUGACCCGUUUAUUGGAUAUUUUGGAAGACUAUUGCAUGUGGCGUGGGUACGAGUACUGCCGACUCGAUGGGCAGACGCCACAUGAAGAAAGAGAGGAAGCAAUAGAUACCUUCAAUGCUCCCAACAGCAGUAAAUUCAUUUUCAUGUUGAGUACCAGAGCUGGGGGUCUAGGAAUUAAUUUGGCAACUGCUGAUGUGGUUAUCCUGUAUGAUUCAGAUUGGAACCCUCAAGUAGAUCUGCAAGCCAUGGAUCGUGCGCAUCGUAUUGGUCAAAAGAAACCAGUACGGGUGUUCCGCCUUAUCACUGAUAAUACUGUUGAAGAGAGGAUUGUAGAAAGAGCUGAAAUAAAACUGAGGCUGGACUCUAUAGUUAUACAACAAGGGAGGCUCAUAGACCAGCAGUCUAACAAAUUGGCAAAAGAUGAAAUGCUGCAAAUGAUCCGGCAUGGAGCUACGCAUGUCUUUGCUUCCAAAGACAGUGAGCUGACAGAAGAAGACAUAACCACUAUUUUAGAAAGAGGAGAAAAGAAGACAGCUGAAAUGAAUGAACGACUGCAGAAAAUGGGGGAGAGCUCUUUAAGGAAUUUCACUAUGGACACAGAGAUGAGCUUGUACAACUUUGAAGGUGAAGAUUAUAGAGAAAAACAAAAGCUGAGCAUGAUGGAAUGGAUAGAGCCUCCUAAACGAGAACGCAAAGCUAAUUACGCAGUUGAUGCGUAUUUCAGAGAAGCCCUGCGUGUUAGUGAGCCCAAAGUCCCAAAGGCUCCACGACCUCCAAAACAGCCAAAUAUUCAGGAUUUCCAGUUUUUCCCACCGCGGUUAUUUGAACUUCUGGAAAAAGAAAUUCUGUAUUAUCGUAAGACCAUAGGGUAUAAGGUUCCCAGGAAUCCUGACCUCCCCAAUGCAGCUCAGGUGCAAAAAGAAGAACAAAAGAAGAUAGAUGAGUCUAUGCCUCUGAAUCCUGAAGAAACUGAAGAGAAAGAGAAACUACUAACGCAGGGCUUUACAAACUGGAAUAAGAGAGAUUUUAAUCAGUUCAUUAAAGCUAAUGAGAAAUACGGUCGUGAUGAUAUAGAUAAUAUUGCCCGUGAGGUGGAGGGAAAAUCGCCUGAGGAGGUCAUUGAGUACUCAGCUGUUUUCUGGGAACGUUGCAAUGAACUGCAGGACAUUGAGAGAAUUAUGGCUCAAAUUGAACGAGGAGAGGCAAGAAUUCAACGGAGGAUCAGUAUCAAGAAAGCCCUUGAUGCCAAAAUUGCAAGAUAUAAAGCACCUUUUCAUCAGUUGCGUAUUCAGUAUGGAACAAACAAAGGGAAAAAUUACACAGAGGAGGAAGACAGAUUUUUGAUCUGCAUGUUGCACAAGAUGGGCUUUGACAAAGAAAAUGUGUAUGAGGAAUUAAGGCAGUGUGUGCGCAACGCUCCUCAGUUCAGAUUUGACUGGUUCAUCAAAUCCAGAACAGCAAUGGAGUUUCAGAGACGCUGCAAUACUCUCAUAUCUUUAAUAGAGAAAGAAAACAUGGAAAUUGAGGAAAAAGAAAGAGCUGAAAAGAAGAAAAGAGGAGCGAAAGUCACAUCGUCACAAAAGAGAAAAGCAGACCUGGCUGCUGAAAACUCUGGAAAGAAAGAUGCUAAGAAAGUUAAAUCGUGAACUUGGAAAACAAAUUCAAAAUAUAAAGCUGUCUCUUCCUUCUCUUCAUCUACAAGUAUUAAUUGCCAACUUCUCUGUAUUCAUGGUACCCACCCACAAAUCCCUUGGCUUAAUUUUGCAAUUUUGUAUAUUUUACAAUGUCAUUCUUUACCUAGAAUGUGUAGCUUUAUAUUUUAUGCAUUCCAGUAUUUUUGUGUAUUGUAUUUUGUGAAAUCAUGUCUUCAGCAAAAGUCACUCAGUCCUUGUUUUUUUUAAGCUUGUGCUGAGGUUUUAGCUUUUAUAUGUUUUAUAUGCUGCUGCUUUGAAAGAAGAACUAGAUUCUAUAGCUGUAUUAUUGUUGUUUCAUAUUUUAAAUUUAUAUGGCUGUGGGAAAAUAAAAUUAUUUGAACAGAAACAUACUUCAUCUUCGUUUUCCCUCCCCUCUUUUCUGCAUAGCCUCAUUUAAAGUGAAUGUUAAGGUUUGUAUAAUUGUGCCUUCAUCAUCAAUCAGAUUUUUUUUUUGGAGUAUAUAGACAGCAUCAGGAGCAUGACAAAACAAAAUCUAAUGAAGCUGACGACAUUGUUUGGUGUCAGAAUCAGAUGGGUGUUUUUCUCAGAAGUACUCCGAAGGAAAAGCUGCAGAUAAGUUUUUCUGUUUUCCUGGUCACUGGUUUCUAUUAGGCUGCAUGUGUGCUUAAGCACAGGGUGAAGUGUUUCCUGGAAUGACCUCCAGAUUAAACCUUUUCUAUGCCUAAUGAAUGGAAGUGAGCAACUAAUAGCUUCGUUAAGUAGCAAACAAAAUAACUCCUCUCUUGGUUGGUAGGCUGCUCAGAUAUGAUGCCUUGUGCUAGAUGAUCUGUUGCUGUAAUUAGCUCUUAAUUCUUUCUCCUUUCACCUUUGAUUCAGCACGUCAGUCAGAAGCAAUGGGGAUAUGCUGUGGAGUGCUCCUUUUUAGUAUUUCCAUUUUAAUGAGGGGAUGAAAGUGUUGGAUGUACCUUUUCUUGACUUUGUGAGAAUGGCCUUUAUUAAGCAGGUUCAUAGUUUCUGCUCACCUUGGAGUCUCUGCCUUUCUCAGAUAAGUAGAACAGUGACUGUGACAUCUAAUGUUUUACUUUAAUCUUCUGUCUCUGAUCUGGUGUUUAGUAUGGACCUUGCCACAGCAGCACAUGACCUUAUAAUGUCAAGUCUAGAUUAAUGCAUUGUGCUUUACAUGGUACCUUCCUUGAAGAUGUGUAAGUUUCUUCUAGUGCAGUUUGCUUCCUUCGUGAGUUGUUUGAGAUGAUAAUGUUGCCUUGUAUUUCAUGCUUUUGUUGGCUACUUUCUUCUGAAUUUUGUAAAACCUAAGCUUUAAUAAAAACUUACUGAGUUCUAGGACAGAGUUCUGUCCACAUUUUUGUGUUAAUUAAAAUCUGCUGGAAUGUGUCUGAGGCUUUCUGGGAUUAAUGUCUGUACACUUGAUGAACGAUUACCAGUCUUUCCUGAUGGUCUGUGUAGAAGGUUUUGUACAAAAAUGGAUGUGAUGGCUUGGCUGGGCACUUGGAAAGAUGCUGUUCUUUUGGCUUUCUUAUUUCAGAAUGGAGCUUUUGUCCAGGAACCCAGUCAUUAAUUGUUUGCCCUGGGCUUUUAUUUGCAAGAUUUGUGGUUCAACAGAGUAUUUAUUGUUGAGAUCUGAGUUGAGAGCCAUGCCUGGUAAUGAUGGGGCACAGCUUUCAGGCAGCAGGCUAACGAUGGGAGUCAGCAUACUUUUAACUGAGUAUGCAACCACAGUGGGGUAGAGUGCGUGUGGAGAAGGAUGGCUUUCCAAAUAGUAUUGCUGGUAUCAGAGUAGUCAGUGUCCUAUUUUGUCCUUGGCAGGAGGACAUGUAGUGUAAUUAUGGUCUGUAAAUUGUUAUGCAGCUACCUACAUAUAAAUCACAAAUCUCUGGAGCAUUGCUAUUAAUAGAGGAAGAUGCCUUAUUUACAUUUGCUUUUCAGCUCCUGUAUCACUCAGUAACUUUACUGCCUGAAGUUAUAACAGCGUGUAUAAAGAGGAAGGGAAAUAAACUGGAAGAGCCAAAUUAAUUUUUACUUAAUUAUGUCAGCUAGGGGUAGAACCCUAUUCCUUCGCUACUAUUUGGUGUAAUCAGGUAAUAUUUUUAAUGCUUUAAGUCUUAAAAUACAUGAAAUCUGUUUUUCUGUUUAUUGGAGAUUAGCUUUGUUACACUUCUGUUCUUGUUUAUGUUCUUGUGUAUCCAGUUUUUCUGCACUAUUUGCAAAGUAUGUGGGAAGUUUUGAAAUAUUAAUACCUCAACUUGUUCUUUUAUGCAGACUUCUUGGUUUUGGUUACCUCAAAUUAAUACUGCUCCUUCAGUGAUGUGAUACAAUAGCUGCAUAGCACAAGAUCAUGCAGUCCUUUCAGAUACUACCCUUGUGAUCAGGCAGCUUCUCUGAAGCAUGGUAGAUACUCCCAGGAAAUAUGUUAUCUCGUACAGUCUGUGGUUCCUGGUUAAACUAAAUGUGGUGCUGCAUCCUUGAGAGCGCUUGUAUACUAUAUUCUAGUUCCUUAGCACAUUGAGUCUUCCUAUUCAUCAUGUCCCACAGUGAUAACUAAAGAAAAUUGCUAACAGGUGCUGGUCAGGAUUAAAAUAAAAUGGAUCUUUCUUUUCCUUUUCUGUUCUUCUAGUUGUAGAUAUAACCACAGUAUGUGCCUGGCAGAAUCUAAGUGAUAUGCUGCUGUGGCUCAAAAUUAGGUGGGCUGAAAGAAAAGAAUCACUUAGUUUUAACUACUUUUAUCUUAGAUGAGGAGUACUGCCUGUGAGAAAUUUGUAAGCACUGAAUGUAAUGUCACACAAAGAACUCCUGAAAACUCUGGGCCUUCAGACAACUGGGCAGUUGUUGGAGAAAUAUGAUAUGAAAAGUUUGAAAGGAAUUUCUUGUCUCCUAUUGAGUACAUAACUAAAAUUUGGUGAUGGUUGUGUUGGGGCUGAAGAAAGUAAUGCACAGUCAUCCAGCACUUCUCAAAGUGCACGUAUCCUCCUUGGAGAGGGCACAACAGCUCUUUCACUUAUUGUUUCAAAUUAGCCACCCUUUAUUUUUGAGUUAUGUUUGUGGUGAUAUGGCUGAAUCUUCAUUGUUUUUAAUUCCUAUUUCUCAUAAUGACAUCUAGAAGGAAAGGUUUUCUCCCUGCUAGUAAUGUGAAACCAUCUUCAGGUGCCAUUUGAACAAGUAGCAUCACUGUGCUAGAAUAGAUUUUUUUUCUUGUAAAUUUGCAUUGCUUCUUGAAUUUAUUGCUAAUACUGGUUAUGGUUUAGAAAGAAAAAUAGUUUUCACUCCUUGACAUCAUAAGCAAAGGAAUGCAGUAUAUGGAGGUAAUCGGAAUCCAUCUGAAUGCCUGAUGGAAGUAACUUCCUAUGCAUUUCCUACAGCACCUGCACUUCUUGCUGUGUGCUGUCACAGACCCUGGCACUGGCCGUAGGCUCUCACUGUGCCUGCCUCUUCCCCAGGCUCACUGCUGGGAUUAAGCACGUUGAGUGAUGACAGAUUUAUAACAAAGCUACUGAAGGGAAAAAAAAAAAAGCCCCAACUAACAACAGCCAAAACCUCCGAGGGCCUUACAGGUUGGAAAAGCAUGGAAUUUUUCAGCCAGCAGUAGUUUGAAAGUAUGAAAUGACAGAUGUGACACUGACACCCUUGCUGAUGUUGGGUUGGAAAGAGUUGAUCUCUGUAGUUCAUAUCUGUUAAGAACUGAAGGUUGAUUGCUAAAUUUUAUGUGAGUUUAUCUAGUCUGUGUACUUCAAGCACAUAUGUAAAAGCUUUGCUGCAUCACAGUUAGAAUGUUUGCUUUUAGUUUUUCCAAGAGAGUAGAAUUGAACUUGGUUUGCAUAUUUUGAAAUGUGUUAAUUGCAUUUGCAUGCUAUCCAGCCUCUACAUUCAGCAUCUACGUGUUCAGUCUGCAUUGUGUUGAAAGGUAACUUCUGAACUUCUUAAAAAUGAGAUUUACAUUGUACAUAAAAAUUGAUAUGAACUAUUGUCUUCCAGUAACUGCACUCUGGUGCUGACUGGCCCAUGCUCUUGGGAUGCUGUUCAAAAUAGUUUGAUUUAUUUCCAUUUCUCUUGUACUUCUCAGAGCUUUCAGGCUAUUACAGCUGAAUGCAAGGUGUGUGUGUGGCUGCUCCACAUCUGCUUUCAAAAUCUAAUUUCCUGUAAUCUUGAAGUGUUAGUGUCUGUAUUUUUGUGACAGCCUUACCUGUUGUUGUCUCAAAAUAUGUUGAUGCUUUAUUAAAGUAUAUUGCUGUUUUUCAGUUUUUUCA